AUGAUAGCUAAUUUAUUUUCUGUAUUUGACCCAUGUACAGGGUAUUCUUCAAUAAAUUGAAUGAGAACAUUUAUUUUUAUGUUUUUAAUUCCAUUAAAAUUUUGACUUAUACCCAAUAAAAUUUCAUUAUUAUUCAAUUCAUUACUUAGUAUUUUACAUAAUGAAAAUAAAUCAUUAAUAAAAUUAAAAGGAACAAGAUUAAUCAUAAUAAGAUUAUUUAUUUUAAUUUUAUUUAAUAAUUUAAUAGGAUUACUUCCUUAUAUCUUUACAUCAUCUUCUCAUUUAUUAUUUUGUUUAUCAUUGGCACUACCAUUAUGACUUUCACUUAUAAUUUAUGGUUGAAUUAAUAAGACAAAUCAUAUAUUUAUUCAUUUAGUGCCUACUGGAACACCAGGAAUUUUAAUGCCAUUUAUAGUUCUUAUUGAAACAAUUAGAAAUUUAAUCCGACCUGGUUCAUUAGCAGUGCGAUUAACAGCAAAUAUAAUUGCAGGGCAUUUAUUAAUGUCACUUUUGGGAAACAAUGCAACAAAUUUUUAUAUAAUUUUAGUAUUAAUAAUUAUAUUUAUAAUUUUAAUAACAUUUGAACUUGCAGUAGCUAUUAUUCAAUCAUAUGUAUUUAUAACACUUACAAACCUAUAUUCUAGAGAAAUUUAA